CUCUAAACCCCCGCAGAUCUGUUUCAAUGAGAGCAGUAGACAACAUAAUAUCGAAAGUACAUUAGUGGACGCUUUAUUGCUUCACCACCUUAGCAGGGAACAAUAUUCUGUAGCAUAAGGAAUUCCGAUGAAUACUCGGUGCAGUUGAUGAUCUGUGGCGUUUAAUCAGCGAGACCCCGUAGAGGCUGAACCCACUGCAGCUGAUGUUCUCAGGGACCAGAGUCACGUGAUGUACGAAGGUAAACACAUCCAUUUCUCAGAGGUGGAUAAUAAGCCGCUGUGCUCCUACAGCCCCAAACUCUGUAAGCAGCGCAGACUGAACGGAUACGCCUUCUGCAUCCGCCAUGUUCUGGAGGACAAAACGGCCCCGUUUAAGCAGUGCGAAUAUGUGGCCAAGUACAACAGUCAGCGAUGCACGAACCCCAUCCCCAAAGCAGAGGAGCGAAGAUACUGUAACAGUCACCUACAAGUGCUGGGCUUCAUCCCGAAGAAGGAGCGCAAGAAGAAGCAGGACGGUCUGGAGGAGGUCCGCAGCCGUGCUCAUGUAGAGUCAGUAGCUCUGAACAUUACGGUUCCCUCUCUGGCUCUGCGGGACACGAACGGCCUGCCCGCGUCCCCGCCCUGCUCCCGCCUAACCCCUAUGCCCCUGCUGGACUCCAACCUCCUCGACCCCUUCGCCUUUUACGAGGAGGACUCGGAUGUGGAGGAGAGCCCGGCGCAGAGGCCUAUGCAGAGGAGCUCCAGCAAGAGGAAAGCGUCCAGCACUCCUGUGAUUGGCCUGAGAGUCACCGAACGAGACCUGGAGCCAGAUAUUGAGCACUUUAGCGCUGUCACUGACUCCUGCACACUUCCCAGCUCCCCUCCACCACCUCCACCUUCUCCACCCCAGCCCUCCCAACACACAGAGCGGCCCGUGUAUGCCCCACUCGGGACAGCGCAGACUCUGCUAUGCAAGCCGGCUCCACCUGAGAGCGUGUCGUCUGCCCCGCUCGGAGCUGCACUCCAAAAUCAACCUGUGAUCUGGAGACCUGCGUCCCCUCGGCCGCCGGCUGCCCAUGACUGCCCGCAGCCUCGCUCUGUGGCACUGCGCCCCAUCGCCUUCACUGCGCCCCCUGUCUGCCUGCUCAGGCUACAGCAUCUGGUGCAGCUCUAUGCUAACAGACAGCGGGAGCAUGGAGACCUGUUCCCACAUCUCGGUUUAGACUGGUCUGAGGACAGUGCAGAUGAUGAAGACACAGAGGAGCUCGUUCCUUUAUUGCCUCAGGCCUGGAGACUUCAGGAAAGAAGCCCCCAUCAAAGCUCCUCCAGUGAAAAGCCUCUGUCCCGGCGGGCUAGACUGGCUCAGCUCUGCUCGUACCUGCAGGAGAGAUAUAAACAUCUGUGCCGACGGGACCGAGCCGCCAGCCGGCACAGCAGAUACCGCUACGCCUUCCGGAAAGCACUGCUACAUGCUGCUAGCAAAGACCCCGACUGCACGGCACAGCUCAUUCAGAAACUCAGCAGGAGCCCGCAGACCUCCAGCUGUUCAAGGUCUGCAGUUCCACACAAGUAUGAAAGGACAACGUGUACGGGAAGCACUAAGGGUCAGAGCUGCAGCAACACAGCUCUGCCAUUCUCACGCCACUGUUUUCAGCAUAUCCUACUGAAUCGCUCUCAGCAGCUGUUCUCCAGCUGUACAGCACGGUUUGCAGACGGACAGCAGUGCUCAGUUCCUGUGUUUGACAUCACUCACCAAACGCCUCUCUGUGACGAACAUGCCAAGAAAAUGGAUAAUUUCCUGCGUGGAGACGGCUAUAGACGCAGUCAGCAGCAACAGCAGCGGCGUCCACGGAAGAAGACCAAGCCGCCUGCGCUGACCAAGAAACACAAGAAGAAGAGAAGACGAGGUCCACGCAGACCACAGAAGCCCAUUCCUCCAGCUGUGCCACAGGGCAAUUUACUGAUGCCCUCGCUUUCACUGCCCACUCACCACGCCCACGUCAGGAGUCCAUCAACUCCUGAACUCAGUGCAGACGAGCUUCCUGACGACAUCGCAAAUGAAAUGCCCGACAUUCCCAAUGAUCUUGAGCUCAAUCAGGAAGAUUUCUCUGACGUGCUGCCCAGAUUACCCGAUGAUCUUCAGGACUUCGACCUUUUUGAGGGUAAGAAUGGAGAGUUGCUGCCCACAACAGAAGAGGCAGAGGAGCUGGUCAGAGCCCUGCAGGCUAUGGGCUCGUACCCCGACUCGCUGGUGUGCUUGUCCUCAAUAGGAGAGCUGACGCCAGCAGAUGGGGUGGACCACCGCACCAUGGCCACCGUCUUCUCGGGAUCAGGAGUCGCAGCCGCCGGCAUCGGAGACCUCCUGAACGGCAGAAUCACAUCUGAAACGUUCCCCAAUCUAGACCUCCUCCACACCCAAACAGACCACCAUUUCCCAUCAUCCCCUUCUCCUCAGCCCACUCAAAGCAGUGCGUCCUCCACAAGUCCCAGUAGUGGGCUAACAGAACGAACGUUUCCUCGAGCACCCAAACCAGACUCCUCUCCGCCAGGUAGUCAUUACAGCAGCGAGCACGUGCCAUCGCCCUACAGGGAUCACAUCUCACCCCCACACGGUGCCUCUUUUCAGACCGACCCGCCUCUGCUUCUGGAGGUGCCUUUGAGUGGAACGCCAGGACCUCCGCGCACCUCCUGGAAUAACCUCCCACUUUCACUUACAGACCCGGCGCAAUUCGGCAGCUUGCUCACUGCAGAAACGCACCUAUUAUCCACAGCUCUGUCCACCCCGCCGUCUGCAUCCCACUGCUCCGCCAUCUUGCAACCUUCCUCAUCCUCACCCUCCUCACGUGAACCCAAACUACAGCUCCCACAGUUCAGCACAGCCUUUGGACACCAACUGGCUUCCCACAGCGGGAUCCCCAAAGACCUGCAGCCCAGCCAUAGCUCUACAGCACCACCUACAGGCUUUAGCAUUACUAGCGCCACUGCCGCCACUCCACCCUUCCCUCAGAGUAACUGAGUCGAGGUAGAAACCCAUCCCAUCUCAUGUUUUCGAGGAGCACUAAACUUUAUGUAGGCUCAUCUUACAAAUUACCUAGAGUCAAACAGUUGAGCUUUACCAUUAUUUAAUUCAUUCAGCCCA